AUGGAAAUCGCAGAAAUGCUCGAGCGUAGAAGGAUUGACAUCUGCUGCCUUCAGGAGACCCGAUGGAAAUCGAAUGGUGUUUUUCAUGUCAGCUCAAAAAAAAAAUAUAAACUAUUCUGGAAUGGUCAAAAGACGGCCAAAAAUGGUGUUGGAAUUUUUGUCAGAAAACCGGUAGCCCAAGAAGUACUGGAUAUUAAAAGGAUUAAUUCACGUCUCAUGUGGAUCAAGCUUCGCCUAGAAAAGCAAACAAUGAAUAUUUUUUCUGCAUACGCACCACAGACAGGUGAAUCAGAAGAGAUGAAAGAUGACUUCUGGGCUGCGUUCUCUGACACAAUCUCAACAAUACCAAAAUCUGAAACAAUCCUGAUUGGAGGCGAUCUCAAUGGCCACGUUGGA